AAAAAAAACUAUUUCAAUUUUCAUCGCUUCAAAAAUCACACACACAACACACAGUAGCGAGCAAACCAACAAUGGACGUUCCGAUCGACAAAAUCCAGAUUUCCGGCGCGUGCCUAGCUUCCCUCCUCCACCGCGCCUCCUCCGCCAUCGGCGACACCCACGGCUAUCUCUUCGGCCACGCCGCCCUCUCCAUCUCAACCCCCCUCUCCGACCACCCAACCGCCGAAGCCCCCACCUCACUUCUCACCACCACCAUCACCUCCUUCCUCUCCCUUCCCUCCCACCUCCCCCUCCCGCCGCCGCCGCCAUCCGCUGCCUCGCUCCUCGGCUGGUUCUCCGCCCGCCGCAAAACCCCCCUCCGCCCCUCCCUGAAAGACUCCACCGCCUCUCUCUCUCUCUCCUCCUCCCCCUCCCUCGCCAUUACCCCCCAAAACUCGACCCUCUCUCUCCCCCCAUCUCUCUUCCUCCUCCUCACCACGCCGUUUCAGGAUCAGCUGAUCCACACACACGAAUACAAGGCGUUUCGGUACAGUGGCAGCUCCUUCGAGCCCAAGAGCUUGUCAAUUGUCAACAUCGGGCCCUCCUUUCGAUCGCAAUACGAUUCCUUCAGCCCUAAUUCGCAGUUUCCGAUGAUGGAUUGCGAAUUAAGGGGUCCGAAUGCGAUGGUGGAGGACGAAAUCGACGAGAGCUUGGCCGGAAAGAGGGAUCAAUUGAGGAACCAGAAGCAGCUGGAUCUGUGCGCGGUAGGGUUUGAAAUUGGGCGGCUGGGUAAAUUGAUGGGCUCCGAAGCGGCGUACACGGCGGAGAUGGAGGAUUUAUAUGACAAAAUGUUGGCCAAAAUCGACGCCCUAUCGAAAUUGGUGGAGCAGUCCAAUGCUAAAGUUCUUGAGCAGGAGAAUCGUAAUAUGAGGUUGAGGAGCAGAGUUGCUGGUUUGGAAUGAAUUUCUUCCAUAAUUCUGUGGUGAUCUGUUUUCAUAGUUGAGCAGUUUUGUAGAUUGCCUGGGAAGCUUUAAGGAGGAUGAACUUUUUUUGUUGCAGCGCGACGAGAUGUUUAUUGUUGCUGUUUGCUGAUGAACCACCUUAGAUGAAACUCUACCCAUCUCUGUUCCUCCUUUGAUGUAUAUUAGUAGUGAAGGUGUUUGUGUAACGUACUUGAAUCUUCUGAGAUUUAAAUCAGAAAAUCAAAAUAUGGGAUGAGGGAUUUUCCAGAUA